CACUGGCUCACACGAGCUGAUUCAAGAGCAAGAUCAAGACGCGUGCCUUGUACUCUCUACACUCAAACUAUUUUCGGACUACGAAUCCCUGCAAGAUAACUUAUCCAAGCCAAGAGUAUCAACCAAGACAAACGAUGUGCACCGCAAUGGAGACCGCAUACUCUGACAUCGACAGCUCCAGCUGCGACUACUUUACGCUCACAGAUGACGAAACCUCACACAGCAGCAUGCACUCUGCUUCCCCUGAAUCGCUUGGAAAGCCCGCCUCUCCCAUGAGCGACAGCCAGGGCACCUGCGUGCCUGAGCAGCAGCAGAAGAAGAGACGCAGAGGGCGGGCGAGGAACGAAGGAACUGUGCAUGUUGUCAAGAAGAACCGCCGCGUAAAGGCAAAUGACCGCGAGAGAAACAGAAUGCACAACCUGAACGAUGCUUUGGACACCCUCAGGAGCAUCCUCCCAGCAUUUCCAGAUGAAACCAAGCUCACCAAGAUCGAGACUCUGCGUUUUGCGCACAAUUACAUUUGGGCACUCUCCGAGACCAUUCGAAUUGCUGACCUGACCCAAAACAAGUCGCGAGAUAAGCCUCUCGUUCUACCGAGCCUGUCGUGCGUAACCGAAGCUCCAAGCCCCGGGAGCGAUGCUGGCUCUUGGGGUUCCAGUGCAUCGUCUUCUUCCUCGUCCCCGGCGUAUUGCACUUCCACCCCCAGCAGCCCGGCAGCAACAGAUGAUUACGGAUUUCUGCAGACAGAUGUUAUGUACAGCUACCACAGUUUUGCUUCGAGCGUUUAUUAA